UUGGUGUCCGUGGCCUCCUCUGUGGCAUACUGAGGGGAGUCAGUGGGAAGAGCUUCUCUUGGUGUGAGAAUUCCUUGGUGGAAUGCGGACAGGUGGAGGUCACAGAAGCCUCUAUGAUAUCACCGAAGGGGGGCAGGACAGCUUGGAAUAAAGUUUCUUUGAGGAGUGGGAGGGACACUGAGCAACUAUGGCGCAUAACCAGAGGACCUGGUGGCAGCACUGGACUGACACCACCUAUAUCAAUCCUUUGAACCGCAUGAGGGCCGCUCACGAGCCCUACUUCCGGCCAGAGGAGCAAGUGCUCGUCAACCGCCGAGAUAUCACUAGCAGUAAGGAUGCCUGGGACAUGCAGGAGUUCAUCACUCGCAUGUAUGUCAAGGAGCUGCUCCGACACCCGGCCUUCCACCUGCUGCUGGCCGUGCUGCUGGUGGUCAAUGCCAUCACCAUUGCUCUCCGCACCAACUCCGUUCUUGACCAGAAACACUAUGAGUUGUUCUCUACCAUAGAUGACAUUGUGCUGACUAUCCUUAUCUGUGAACUUCUCCUCGGAUGGUUAAAUGGCUUCUGGAUUUUCUGGAAGGACGGCUGGAACAUCCUCAACUUCCUUAUCAUCUUUAUCUUGCUCCUGGGGUUCUUCGUUAAUGAACUCAGUGCCAUCUCUAUCACCUACACCCUCAGGGCACUUCGUCUGGUGCACGUGUGCAUGGCAGUGGAGCCCCUGGCCCGGAUCAUCCGUGUCAUCCUGCAGUCAGUGCCCGACAUGGCCUACAUCAUGGCGCUCAUCCUCUUCUUCAUGCUGGUGUUCUCAGUAUUCGGGGUCACUCUCUUUGGUGCAUUCGUGCCCAUGCAUUUCCAGAACAUGCAGGUUGCCCUGUAUACCCUCUUCAUCUGCAUCACCCAGGAUGGCUGGGUGGACAUCUACAGUAACUUUCAGAUGGAGACAAGGGAGUACGCAGUGGAGAUUGGGGGCGCCAUCUACUUUGCCAUCUUCAUCACCAUCAGUGCCUUCAUUGGCAUCAACCUGUUGGUCGUCGUGGUCACCACCAAUCUGGAGCAAAUGAUAAAGGCAGGCGAACGGGGGCAACAGCAUCAAAUAGUCUUCAGUGAGACAGGCAGCGAGGAGGGAAAUGGGAAUAACGAGCUGCCGCUGGUGCACUGUGCGGUCGCCCGUUUGGAGACAUCUGGCGUCCCCCAGGAGCCGUUUAUGGGGGGCCUCCCGACGAACCUCUCAGAAAACACAUUCGACAACUUCUGCUUGGUGCUCGAGGCAAUACAGGAGAACCUGAUGCAGUACAAGGAGAUCCGAGAUGAGCUCAACACGAUAGUGGACGAAGUACGCUCCAUCCGCUUCAACCAGGAACAGGAGGAGGAGCUGAUGCACAGGCAUUUGUCGUGGAGCCCGUCGAGGGCAAGCGGGUCCUCCAUAGCCACCCGUGAGAUGACUUGCCAGCAAGACUUGAUCACUGCGCUCGUCAACAGGGAAAAGGUUCAGGAAUCCAACACAAAUGUACUCCUUAACAAACACAAGUUGAGCCGCUGAGAGGGCAGGACGGGAGCCAACGGGCAUGAGCACACACACCCAACCACUGCAUCUUCUGCGUCACUAGCAUGACUUGGCACAUCCUGGCCUGAACCCAUCCUCUCCCUUACCCCCCGGGCAGAUGCCUGGGGAUGGAAGGGGGCAGCAUCUCUAGGGCUUGUGCCUGUGAGCCCCAGGUCCAGAGGAGCCGGGAUGGAGAAGGAUGCUGGAUGAGAGUGGGAGCCCUACCACAAGGAUGAGCACAGAAGGGGGUGCUGGCCAAGGCAGCCAGGAUUUGCCCUAAGGAUGGGCAUCCCUGGUAUCCUGCUAGACCAGAACUAGAUGGAGUCUAAGUGGGCCCAAGCACCAAGAGAAGAAAGGUGAGGCCAGUGGGGCCAGGUAUCUGUAUCAACAAUAAACUUUUGU